GUUGACGGCAGGUCGUUCCUCAGCUGUACUCGUGGUCGUCUCGAAGCUAUCUUUGCCCCCCAUACAUCCCUAACAUCCUAGCUCGCAUCCGGGUAACCCAACCCUAUCGGAACAUCAAAGCUAAAUGGUCUUGUGUCCCGUAUGCUCAAAGCCUGUUAGGGAAUCUGAUAUCAACGAGCAUCUCGACUCAGGCUGUACCUCUCAUUUGAUCAGCGACGAUGCUGCCCCUUCAGCCAACACAGCCAAAACAAAUACCUUCUUCGGCCGCCGAUCGACGCAAACAGCCCCUCCGCCGCUGAGGGCAGUAGAGGCUCCAUCUUCGACACUUCUAUCGAAUGGAGCAAAGACGCCAAAUGCGCCAAAGAGAGCAUUGGAAGCGGCCGACGAGCAGGCCAAGCAGGAUGCUUUCUCGCCCAAAUCCAAGCGUGCGAAGCUCCGAGCACUGCACGACUCUGCGCCUCUGGCCGAGCGCAUGCGACCACGAACACUAGAUGAAGUGAUGGGACAGGAGCUCGUCGGCCCGAACGGCGUCAUCCGGGGCUUGAUCGCAGAGAAUCGUGUGCCUUCGAUGAUCUUGUGGGGAGGCAGCGGAACGGGCAAGACAACCAUCGCGCGCCUUAUCGCCCAUACGGCAGGCGCACGCUUUGUUGAGAUCAAUUCGACGAGCAGCGGCGUCAAGGAGUGUAAGCAGAUCUUUGCAGAAGCGCAGAGCGAGAGGCUGCUCACGGGACGAAAGACGAUCGUCUUCUGCGAUGAGAUUCAUCGCUUCAACAAGGCGCAGCAGGACGUCUUCCUCGGACCCGUGGAAUCCGGCCAGAUUACGCUCAUAGGCGCGACGACGGAAAACCCGUCAUUCAAGGUCAUCAACGCCUUGCUAUCACGCUGCCGGACCUUUACGCUUGCUAAGCUCACAGAUGAAACAAUCGUCCAGAUCAUGAGUCGUGCCCUGGCUUCUGAAUGUGGCGACAACAUUGAACCUCCUCGCCUUCUGGACAAAGAAUUCCUCGAGUACCUUGCCGCUUUUGCUGAUGGUGAUGCUCGCACAGCGCUUAAUCUUCUCGAACUCGCGCUUGAUCUUUCUAAGCGGCCUCACAUGGAUACCACGACUCUAAAGAAGUCGCUGACGCAGACGCUGGUCUACGAUCGUGCAGGUGAUCAGCACUAUGACACAAUUUCAGCGUUCCACAAAUCGAUCCGUGGAUCUGAUCCAGAUGCGGCACUUUACUACCUCGCGCGCAUGUUACAAUCGGGGGAAGAUCCUUUGUACAUUGCACGUCGACUCAUUGUGGUUGCCAGCGAGGACGUGGGGCUCGCAGAUAGUAGUCUGCUGGGGCUCGCGACAGCGGCUUACACCGCGUGCGAAAAGAUUGGUAUGCCUGAGUGCGGCAUAAAUUUGGCACACGUGACAGUGGCAGCUGCGUUGAGUAAAAAGAGCACACGCGUGUAUCGCGGAUUUGGGGCCGCAAUGCAGGCUCUAAGUGAACCGGGCGUGGCAGGGCUCCCGGUUCCCGUGCAUUUGAGGAAUGCACCCACACGCCUCAUGAAAGAACUUGGGUACGGAAAGGAAUACAAAUAUAAUCCUGAUUAUGUGGACGGCCAGGUGAAACAGGACUACCUCCCUGAAAAACUGCUUGGAAGAAGGUUUUUGGAAGAUAGAGACCUGGGAACAAAAGUCGAUCCUGACCUAGAACCAAGACGGACUGAAAAAGUAGAGACACAAGUAAGCGGAGAAGAUGGAAGAGAAGACAAGCUCAAUGAAUGGGAGGAAGAGAAAGAUGAGUUGCCGUUUGCUAGAGAGGAAUAUGAGGAGAGCAUGGGUCUGCGGGACAAGAUUGAGGAGGACGAGGAUGACGCCGACGUGGUACAUUUCUCGGAACACGGUUGAUAUGUUCCAGCAGCUGGUGUGUUCACGAAAGACACAUUUAAAUGUCGAAAAUGUGGAUAACCAUUAAUGUGCGGAUGCAAAUAAUUUCUAAUAAGUCUUUGGCACCAUGCAGUACCAAGGAAUUAACAUGUGUAGAGUGCAAGUACAUGGCCUAUGCUAACUUGAGAUCGAAACAAAGCCAUAGCCUUUACAAAAUGGUAGCGUAGCU